GCGCCCGAUGGAAUCGGGCGAGGGCUGCGCCGGGGAUGGGCCCGGGGACUCCCCAGCGAUGACCCCCGCACCCCCGCCCGCAGCCAGUCCCGCUCCAGAGCCCUCCGCCGAGCGGGCGCCCGCUGCGGGACCGGUAGGGGGGUCCGGAUCCCCUUCCGUCUCGGGACCCCCAGCCGGAGCUUGCCCGGUUUCCCAGGCUGGGUCAGAGGCGGGAGCCUCACUCGCCCCGGUCCACGGGGAUGCCCAGUCUGUGCCCGGCAACUCGGACGCGCCGAGGACCCACUCCAUAUUCCAAGGGUCUCCUGCUCCCCAGACCCCUGAACUGGGGACGGGAAAGGCAGCGGACGUCUGGGAGACGCAGGCCACCUGCACUGGCCGGCGGCCGUGGGUGUCGCGCCCGGAGCGCUCCACCUUUAUUCGGGAGCAGGAGGAAGCACUGUGUCCGGACCAACCCCUGUCAGUCAAGAAGGCCACCCAAGGGGAUGUCACAGUGAUGACCGACUUGCCAGAGGAGAGAGAGUGGGACCUGGAUACAGCGGCUCACAUAGACCAGUCCCUGGUGAAACAGAACGGUGUUCUGAUGGAGGAGAACAGCAAGCUGGAAGCCAUGCUGGGCUCGGCCAGGGAGGAGAUUUUACACCUUAGACACCAGGUGAGCUUGCGGGAUGACCUCCUUCAGCUCUACUCAGACUCCGACGAUGAUGAUGAUGAUGAGGAGGAGGAGGAGAGAGAAGAAGAGGAAGAAGAAGAGGAAGAGGAGGAGCAGCAGCAGCAGUGUGAUCAUCCCUAUGAAGCCCCUGAGCUGACGCUGCCGAGCGAGCCGGAGCUGCCGCACCACUGCCCGCAGCUGGAAGCCCUGCAGAAGCAGCUGAGGCUGCUGGAGGAGGAGAACGGGCAGCUGAGAGAGGAGGUUUCUCAACUUGACGUCCUUGAGGGGGAGAUGCUUAUUCUGGAAUGCGUGGAGCGGUUUGCGGAGGCCAGCCAGCAGAUGGCCGAGCUGUCGGAGGUGCUGGUGCUCAGGAUGGAGAACUAUGACCAGCAGCAGGAGGAGGUCACCCAGCUGCGGACCCAGGUCACCAGCCUGCAGCAGCGCUGCCAGUCGUAUGGGGCUGAGACCGAGAGGUUGCAGCAGCAGCUGGCUUCGGAGAAAGAGAUCCAGAUGCAGCUCCAAGACGAGCUGCAGGACCUUCGGGAGAAGUACAUGGAGUGUGGGGGUGUGCUGACUGAGGACCAGGAGAACCCCCUCCGCCAGCGAGCCCCUGCGUCCACGGGCUCUGCCGCCCACUCUGCACACAAUGGCCCUGCGGAGGAGCUUCCAGGUUGCCAGGAGUCCCCGGCUAAGGAGCGCAAACGGUCUGUGAGGAGAAUCGUCUUGGACCCUCUGUACAUUAUGGAAGGGUGUGAGCUGUACUGCAGUGAGGACCAGGAGCAGGAACAGGAGCAGGAGCAGGAGCCAGGGUUCGAGGCCGAGGAGGGGUCCAUGCCGGCAGAGGAGUUCACACUCGUGGAGCUGCUGGUGCCUGAGGAGGAUCUGGGGGCCAUAGAGGAGGUAGUGCCGCCCGAGGACAGGGUGACGGACCACGCGGAGCUGGUGUUGGAGGAGGCUGAGGCCUGGGAGGAGGUAGAGCUGGAACUGGAUGAGGCGGCCCCGAGGAAUGUGGUGACCUCAGACCUGGAGGCCAGCAGCUUGGGCCUCUCACACCUGGACAUUAAGCAUGUCCUCCAGCAACUGGCCAACUGGCAGGACACCCAUUACAGGCAGCAGCCGAGGCAGAAGACACCCCAGAAAGGUGAGUGCUCCCAUGGGGCCUCCCUCCAGCCAGACGGACAAGCUGCAGAUCGUCAAGCCGAUGAAAGACUCCCUAACCCUGCAGCAGAGGCAGCAGGAAGCCAAAACAAACAUGGGGGACAGGACCAUGGAGUAGCAGCCCUGGGUGCAGACCAAGAACUCUCGAAGGCUGAAGCAGGACAGGGCCAGCCGCCCUCCCAUGGCCUGGGAGGAAGCGGGGCCUUCUGCGGCAAAGGCCUCCAUCAACAAGGGCAGUCGGACAAGUCCCCUGGGGUUUGCUGUUUCCCAGCAGCCUGCAGAGGCCCCACGGACAGCCUGAAGCCCCUUCUUCUGCUGCCUAACCAAGUCCCACCCGCCUCCCCUGUCCUUCCCACCCUCCAAAACGGGACCCCCAUCUGUCACCAGCCCACCCCAUGUCCUGAUGAACCCGAGCCGGAGGUCGAGGGCCCAAGCCAUGACGCUCUUCCGAGACGUGCUGAAGGACGCCCGGGCCUCCUUCUGCAGCCAGUGCGAAGGCUGUGGUUGCUGGUCCCGGAUCGCAAGGUGGCCCCCAAACGCAAGGUGGCCCCCGAUCUCAAGGUGGCCCCCGGGCAGGAGCAGCCCAAGGGGAGGCCCACGAGCUACCAGACUGAGGUCUGAGCUGAGGGCCGGGGGUAGGCCUGGCCCAGGAAGUUACUCUGAGCACCCUGCUAACAGCAUGCUCUUCAUUCCUUGGCUCCCAAGCUAAAGGUGGCUCCUGAGUCCUUGUCGACUUUUAGGGAUCUCCGUUCUUGGCCCCUUUCUUCUGAGCCCCUAAUUCCUGUUUGUCACUGGUGUGUCUCUACCUGUGGGUGAGGAGUCCCUCUGCCCAGUCUUGUGCCUUCCCCCGCUGUCCUGCCCCCCGCCUCGGCCUGUGAGCACCCAGGCUCCUGCCCUAGGCCCAGUCACUCCCUCCCACCGUGCGCCCCUCGGUGCCCUUCCAGAUGUUCUCCCAUUUCCCACCCUUUACUCGUCAACAGCUGGAGCCAGGAGCGCAGGACCCCCACCUGUGCCUGCCCUGCUCCCCGCAGUGCUUCUCGCUCUCCUGUUGCUUGUCAGCCUGUGUAUGUGCCGGCGCAGGAAAUAAAGCAGCUACCUGUGCACCGCUGGGUCUGGUCUCGAGACAUCUUUCAGGGAGCGUGCAUGCGUGUGCACGUGUGUGUGAACGAAUGCACCCUGGUGUGGCAAAGUUGUGGAGAGAAGCUGGGCUCCAAUAUCGAAUAUGCCCAAAGCUUUGAUUACACGGAUUACUUAACCAUGUCAGCAGCCCCUGUGGGGGGUGGGGUGGUGGUGGUUGUCAGAUGAGGGAAUUGGCCCGGACAGGUUAAGUGACCCUCCUAAGGGUCUAACAGCUGGUCAUGGAGCUAGGACUUGAACCUGAGACUUUGCCCCUGACUGGUGUUGCUCAUUUGGUUGAGCAUCGUACUGAAAAGUGAAGGCUCACUGGUUUGGUUCCUGGUCAGGUCAUAUGUCUGGGUUGUGGGUUUGGUUCCCAGUUGGGGUACAUACAAAAGGCAACCAGCAAGCGAUCGACGUUUCUCUCUCACAUGGAUGUCUCUCACCCUCUCUCCCUCCCUUCCCCUCGAAAAAUAAAUAAAUAAAG